UUCUAGUCGUUUAGCAGCACCGCAACUUAAGUCUUCCUCUCCUCCUAGAAAAACUCUCUCUGGGCGCCGUAUCAUUGCUCCAAACUCAGUUACUACCUCACUUUCUCCUUCUCAUAUCUUGCGCUCUACUUGUGCCCCCACUACAAAGAGAUCUGCUGCUCAGACGGCUGCUCGAUCAGCUGUUCGCAAAGCUACGGCAAGGGUUUCUGCUAGGCGAAAUCAGCAGACAAAAACGGAACCUGGCAAAGCAAGCCCUCCUCCCAGCUCGUCACCAUCGCCAAUCAAUCAUGAAACGAAGAAACGUCGUGGAAGACCGCCGCGUAAGUCCUUGGUUUCCGGAGACACUGCUUCACAGGAGCCCCCUGCUCCAUCAGCGGAAAUGACUCCAAAGCAGGAACCGCCUAAGUCUCCUGUACCAAUUAAACAGGAGGCUGUGAAGCCGAAAUCACCUCCUGCUGUCCCAAGAAGUACGGCAACAUUGACAUCGGCAUCUUAUUGCGUUCGUCCAUCGACGAUUGUCGGCUCAGUGCUCACCACGUCGGCAUCGCCGUCACCGUCCCGUCAUCCUGCUCUCUCCUCUUCACCGUUCAAGGCACCAGUUCCACCACAACCGCGCUUUCCUGUACGUACACUGUCGCGGCAUUCACAGCUCCCACUUCCUCCUUCGUCUCCUCUCUCCAACAUGACUUCUGCUCGUACUCCUUUCCAGUCAUCUCCAGUUCGUCUUCCUGUGCGGGUUCUGCAGUCCCCUCCAUCAACAUCGCGUCCCUCUAGUCAACCUGUAAGCGUCAGUGGUUCAUCAAUCCAGUCUUCACCACCGUUGCUUGUCCGACGACCAGGCACCCUCGCUCGUGUUGCUGUGCCGGUGAGCACGGUGCCAACCCAACGAGCUCACCAACGCUAUGUGGUGGUGGGUCGUUCGGCUAACAAUGUGCCUGUAGUGAUGCCAACAACGGUCCGCCAUAGUGGCGCUGUGCCAGUUCGACGGGUUAUAGUGCAGGCAAGGGCUACCACCCAAGCUCAAUCGCCGGUGAUUCAACGACCUGGCCUGGGCGAAUACGAGAGGCCAAGAUUGCAGUUUCGUAGUCGGACGUCAAGUCAAGACUCCACAACGGAGCAACAAUAA